GCAGCGGCAGUCGGAGGAGUUUGGGCUACCAGAGAGUGCGCUCUACUCUCACUGCGCAGCGACACGGACUACUUUCCUCCUCGGACGGUGUGUUGAGGGAGCCUGAAGCGCCCGCUGGUUGUCUGGCACCGAGCUGUGCACAGGAGUGUGUUCUGCUACAUUGUAUCCACUGAGGAUUGAGACUUGGGUUUAUACACAGCGACAAAAAUGACUCAUUUCAAUAAGGGACCAGCCUACGGAUUAUCAGCAGAAGUGAGAAGCAAAAUUGCUCAAAAAUAUGACCCACAAAAGGAGGAAGAGCUCCGCUACUGGAUUGAGGAAGUUACAGGAAUGUCUAUUGGGGAAAAUUUCCAGAAAGGCUUGAAAGAUGGAGUCAUCCUGUGCGAACUGAUAAACAAACUGCAGCCCGAUUCAGUAAAGAAAAUCAACCUUUCACAACUUAACUGGCACAAGCUGGAAAACCUUGGGAAUUUCAUCAAAGCUAUCUUGGCCUAUGGCCUUAAGCCCAAUGACAUCUUUGAGGCCAAUGACCUGUUUGAAAAUGGGAACAUGACUCAAGUCCAGACCACACUGCUAGCACUUGCCAGCAUGGCAAAGACCAAAGGUAUUGACACAAAGAUUGAUAUUGGUGUGAAGUACGCAGACAAACAGGCACGACAUUUCGAUGACGAGAAGAUCAAGGCUGGUCAGUGUGUCAUUGGACUACAGAUGGGAACAAACAAAUGUGCGAGUCAAGCAGGAAUGACUGCUUAUGGAACCAGAAGACAUCUUUAUGACCCAAAAACACAGACAGACAAGCCUUACGACCAGACCACCAUCAGUCUUCAGAUGGGAACCAACAAAGGCGCCAGCCAGGCCGGCAUGUCAGCCCCAGGAACUCGCAGGGACAUCUUUGACCAGAAGGUGGCGGUGCAACCACUCGACAACUCCACCAUCUCUCUCCAGAUGGGCACCAACAAGGUCGCGUCCCAGAGGGGUAUGAGUGUGUACGGGUUAGGCCGUCAGGUCUACGACCCCAAGUACUGUGCCCCCCCAACAGAGCCGGUCAUCCACGCCAACGGCAGCCAGGGCACCGGCACCAACGGCUCGGAGAUCAGCGACAGUGACUAUCAGGCCGAGUUCCAGGAAGACGAGUACCAAGCAAGCUACCACGAUGACUACAGCGGCCAUUACAAUGACCAAGGCAUUGACUAUUAGUGGCCUUUUCUUCCACCUCCUACACAGCCGCUAGUCGGAGCAGUAUUAACAAGUGUAUUUUAUCGACAACACAACAGAGCAAGUCUUUUGCUAUCCUCACUAGUCUUCUUCUUUUUCUUUCUUUUUUUUUUUUUUUAAAUCAAAGCAUAAAGAGAAAUAUUGCCUUAAGUGCAUUCCUACUCCACCUCCCCAGCUCUUUCAUUUGAGCAGCAAUGGUUGUCAGAGGCUGUAGACAUAAGCAUAGACUUAUGAGGUACAGGGCUGAUCUGCUUUUAAAGCUUGAGAACAUUCCUUUUUAAGCCUACUGUUUUUUUUUUUUUGUUGUUGUUUUUUAUUAAGUCUUAAUUAUGGGACACUGAAGUAGCGAUAACCUUGUUGACCAGCAUUGUAGCAACAGCUAAGUUACAAUCCAACUUUUCUAUUCCUGGACUGAAAUUGUGGUGAUUCACUCAUAACAGGAAUUCCCAGGUACCAGCCCUAGCCAUAUGGGGACUGCUUUAAUGUGCAUAUCCCCUAUCUGUUCUACAUUCAUGAGACCAAUCAUAGUUUUUGGUAUGUGUUUUUCUAGAAUCAAAUUGGGUGAAAAGUUUGGAUGAAGCAGUGGCCAUCUCAACUUUUUUUUAAUUACAUUUAAUCACUGGAACAGGUAGCCUUUUUUUCUUGAAAUGAAGAGUAUGUACUUUCUGAUGGCUGUUCCAAUAGAGCAGAUGAGCAACCCAGAGUUUAGUCUAUUUUGUUUCCAUCACACAAGGCUAGUCUUAUUUGUGCUAUCACAUUUUAUUGUCCUAUUGUUUCCCUUUUGUUCCCAAUCUGUAUUUAUUGCCAUGCCUCUUAAUUGUAAACUGGUCCACUGUUACAUGGUUCUUUAUAUGGAAAAAAAAAAUGUAUGUUAUAAAUAAAGCCUUAAAUUUCUUGGUUCUCAGAA